UUCCCCCUCUGUUUUCCCUCCUGACGCCGCAGGAGUCCCGCCUGUGGCGUCAAACAGCGGCGAACUUCAGCGGAGAGACGCUUGUGGUCAGACCCGGGCAGACUUCAGACCCGCACCGCGCUGACCAUGAGUGAGCAGAGUAUCUGCCAGGCCAGAGCUGCUGUCAUGGUGUACGACGACGCCAACAAGAAGUGGGUCCCAGCUGGCGGCUCCACGGGCUUCAGCAGAGUCCACAUUUACCACCACACCGGCAACAACGCCUUCCGAGUGGUGGGACGCAAGAUCCAGGACCAUCAGGUGGUGAUAAACUGUGCCAUACCCAAAGGCCUGAAGUACAACCAAGCCACGCAGACCUUCCACCAGUGGCGAGACGCCCGGCAGGUCUACGGCCUCAACUUUGGCAGCAAGGAGGACGCCAACGUAUUCGCCAGUGCGAUGAUGCACGCGCUGGAAGUGCUGAACUCCCAGGACACAGGCCCCACAUCGCCCAGACAGGCCCCCCAGGUCCAGAACGGCCCCACGCUGGAGGACAUGGACGUGCAGAGGAGACAGCUGCAGGAGCUUCAGAGGCAGAAGGAGCUGGAGCGCCAGGAGCAGCUGGAGCGGGAGAUGCUGGACCAGCAGGAGCGCGAGCGUCAGGAGCGCGAGCGUCAGGAGCGGGAGGCGCAGGCGGAGCGGGAGCGGCUGGAGCGGGAGCAGCGGGAGCAGCUGGAGCGGGAGGCGGUGGAGAAGGAGCAGCAGGAGCAGCUGGAGAAGGAGCAGCAGGACUGGGAGAGGGGGAGGCGCAUCUCCAACGCUGCGUUCGAGAGCACGCUGUACAGUCAGGAGUACGGCAGGACGUCCUCCACGCCGGCGUCUCCGUCCCCCGCCGCGUGCCCCGCCGCCGGGCCGCCGUCGCCGUGCUCCGCCACGCCGCCCACGCCGCCGCUCAGACACUCGGCGUCUCGCUUCGCCACCUCGCUGGGCUCGGCCUUCCACCCCGUCAUGCCUCACUACGCCACGGUCCCCAGGCGCCAGCCGGCCUUUCCUCAGGCCCCGCCCACUGCCCCGGCCCCCGCCCCGGCUCCGGCCCCGACUCCGCCCCCUCCCUCCAAGACCGUGGUGUGGUCGGCCUGUAACUUCACCCCGUUGCCGCCCUCGCCCCCCGUCAUGAUCAGCAGCCCCCCGGGGAAGGCCACGGGUCCUCGGCCCCUCAUCCCCAUCGCGGCGCCGUCCCCCCUCACCCAGAAGCCCCCCUCGCCGUCCCCCAACGGGCCGCCCAUGUUCCCCGCACCCUCUCCCGUCACCGUUCCGCACAGCCACACCCCCCUGGGCAUCAGCUGCCCCACGCCGCCCCCGCCACCCACCCCUCCCCCCCUGCCCUCCCCUGUAGCUCCGCCCACUUCUUCCUCCUCCAUCAUGUCUCCCCCCUCCUCAUCCCAGGCUCCUGCUGUGCCCUCUCCCUCUACAGCGCCCCCUAACGCCGCCGCCGAGCACCUCUCCCUGCCCGUUGGCCGGGACGCGGCCGCAGAGCCCCCCCCGGGUCAGGGGGGUCCGGGGGGCUCCUCCAGCCUGCCCCAGGACGUGGCGCAGACCCCCAACCCCCCCCCCUCCUCCGCCCCAGCCGUCCGCCUCCACUGUGACCUCCACCCCCCACCAGUCCGCCGGGCCACCCUCCUCCACCCCCGCCACCCCCACUGCCCCCCACGCUGGCACCGGGACCGGGGCGGGCCCCCACCCCUCCGGCGGGCCCCGCCCCCCCCACCGGGAGCCCCCCCUCCACCCCCUGCACCCCCCCUCCCUGCCGGACUCCUCUCCCCCUCCGCAGAGGACCGCCCCCUGUCUGGGCUGGCUGCGGCGCUCGCCGGGGCCAAGCUCCGCAAGGUGUCCAGGAGCGAGGACGCGGCUCUGACAGCGGCCCUGUCGGGGGCCACGGCGGCCAAAUCGGAGGUGAAAGGCAACGGGCCGCUGUCUGCAGGCGGAGGCCUGAUGGAGGAGAUGAGCGCCCUGCUGGCCAGGAGAAGGCGGAUAGCAGAGAAGGGCUCGUCUCCGGAACCCGACCAGAGAUCUGAGGAAGGAGAGCUGAGCAUGUCCUCCAAAGUGUCGGCCUGUAGCACCCCAGACAUGCCCAGGAAGCCAUGGGAAAGAACCAACACCAUGAACGGUAGCAAAUCUCCUGUCAUUGGAAGACCUAAAUCCACCCCCACACCUACUUCAUCCUUAAGUGCCAACGGCGUGCCAACAGAGACUGUCGACUACGACCGACUAAAGAAGGACAUUCUUGACGAGAUGAGGAAGGAGCUGUCGAAGCUAAAAGAAGAGCUCAUUGAUGUCAUCAGAGAGGAACUGGGUAAAUCCAGCACAGCGUAGAGGAGGCCCCGCUGCACCCUCCUACAUCCACCUGACCCCCGACCCCCCCUGCAGACAACCACAGUCCCUUCAGGACGAGACGAGGCGACCAGUGAACACAGAGCAGCCGUCGGUAUUGUGAGAGGUUUGAGGCCGAGCGUGCGCGGCGUGCACGGCGGACCCGGCUGGACGGCCCCGCGGCCCGGAGGACCCGCAUGAUCAGAGACUGGAGUGCCCUUAUGCAAAGAUGAUCUCUCUUUCCUCGCCUGACGGGAUCCACAGAUACACACUAAUCAAUAACCUCAUCAGCGGUGCUGGACGGACCUGCGAGCACGGAGCGGCGCGCAGAUCCACCACCAGAGGGCGCCAUCCGGAGGAGAGGCCACAACAGAGACUUAUCCCAAUAAUGCCAUAGGGGUAGCGCCUGUGUGUGUGUGAGUGUGUGUGUGUGUGUGUGUGUGUGUGUGUGUGUGUGUGUGUGUGUGUGUGAGGGACUGAAUGUGGCGUCCACUGCUGCAGGACACUGUAAAGCUCGUCUUCCUCAAAUACUAUUUUAAACUGAAUCUGUAAAACAGAGAGAGAGAGAGAGAGAGAGAGAGAGAGAGAGAGAGAGAGAGAGAGAGAGGGAUGUUGAGGGAAGCAGAUCUCUCCUGGUGUGUUUGGUUGUAGAGUUGAGGCCAUAUCCAGUAGCUCCAUGCUCUUGCCCUGUUUCUGUGUGUUGAUGGUGUGUGUGUGUGUGUGUGUGUGUGUGUGUGUGUGUGUGUGUGUGUGUGUGUGUCCGUGUGUGUCCUCCCGCUCUGUUGAAUCGGUAAGACGAGCAGAAGCACUCGCUGUAGCUCUCUACCAAACUUUACCGGUCAGUGAAAAGUACCAACUCACUCAUGGCCAGGCGCGGAGGCCGGGGCUGUCAAACAUGUGGCCCGGGGGCCAGGACGGGGCCGGCAGGAGGACUGUGGGAAGCGUCGAGCCGACUGAAACAUGAUUGGAUGGAAGCCGCUGCUGCUGCGGCGACGUUCUCAGUAGCACAUGUGGAUGAGAGACCAAGCAAAGUGGUCAGUGAUGAAGCAGCGCUAGCUAGCUGAUGGCUAGCUAGCUGAUGGCUAGCUAGCUGAUGGCUAGCUAGCUGAUGGCUAGCUAGCUGAUGGCUAGCUAGCUGAUGGUUAGCUAAGUAGCAAAACAAGCAGAUGUGAGGGUGAAUGAGUGUGAGCAGCUCAUUUUCUGUCCUCGUGAACCUGAAGACAAACAGGAUUUCUUUCAUAAAGGUUCCAUAUUAUGCAAAAAUUUACUUUGGAAUGGUUCUCUAGCAGUGAUCUGUGUUCCCGUGUCCUGUGUGUGACGCCCCAGAACUGAAGACAGGCUCUCGUUUCCCUCGCUUGCCCUGCUUUGUAGUCAGUAUGUGCUCAAAUUCAGAUUUCCCCUUCAUGACAUCAUGAGGGGAAAACCCCUCCCACAAGAAAUAGCUCCUCCCUCUGGAGAUAGCCCCUCCCUCUGGAGAUAGCCCCUCCCUCUGAUAUACUGUAUUCAGUAGAAUAUGAAAACGGUAUCAGUUAGCGGGAGCUAGCGUUAGCUACUUGGCAGUAACUGUACCAACACAUACGACUAAACUAACAUAUUCAGAGCGAAUAUUUAUGGCUUUCCAGAUUUAAAAAAAACAAAGUUCAAACGUUAAUUUUAUUUUUACCAUAUUUGAGUUUGCGAAGCUUUGUCAGGAGAUAUCUGAUGAACGGCGGCAGCCCGGUGGACCAGUAAACACCCGCCGGGUGUUAGUGAAGGGUUCUGGGCUGGUUCUGCUGACGGAGGCCCUGCAGUGGAGUCUGACGCCCCUGAUGGAGACCGUGUCCCGUUCAGAUGUGUUUUACAGAUUCUGGUGUGUGUGUGUGUGUGUGUGUGUGUGUGUGUGUGUGUGUGUGUGUGUGUGUGUGUGUGUGUGUGUGUGUGUGUGUGUGUGUGUGUGUGUGCGCGCGCUGACCAUCUGGUUUCCUAAAGAGCAAUAAGGGUAGCAUCAGUUCCCAGUAAAGAGAAGACUGUAUCUUUAGCCAUUUCACAGCCAAAUCCAUUUUUUUUUAAUUAUUAUUAUUAUUUUGCAGCGUUCAUGAGGUCAGACUGAUGGAAUUUGAAUGUGUCCUCAGAGAUUAUUGGUGAGAUCAGAUCAUCCUGUAUUCGUCCCACCCUGGGACAGUUUCACUGUUGCAGCAGCGAGCGGAAAGUAAGAGACAGGUAGCAAAGGAAAAGAAUGCAAACCAGAAACGACAAAUAUGAAAAACCAUGACAGAGAAAACAGGAUGGCAUCGGAGACUCUGAGGAUCAGUGUGGUCCUGAUCCGGUCUGAGGCCCCCACUGGACCUCUGGUCCAGCUUGUAGACCUGGUAUUGGGUUCUGUCAGUAGCUGCUCUCUCUCUGUUCAACCGUCUUCAAGGGCUUCGUCUGUCUAAAGAAAACUGGUGGUUCUGGGUUCGCCCCCUCGGUACGGUACUGAAAGUAGGACGCCGCUCCUCCUGGGUCGGCUCUGGUUCCAGGCCCGCCGGGUUCUGUCCGCACUGUGACCAGAACCCUCCAGACGAGCGUCUGACGGCGAGUCCAGCAGCAGCAGCAGCAGCUCCGGCCCUGGUCCCACAGAGAGCGCCUCCUCUGGCCUGACCGGGCCGCUCGGCGCCCGCCCCGGUCCGUCCGGGCCGUCCGGGCCGUCCGGGCCGUGCCUUGCCUGAAAGUGUAACGUCGGAGGCGUGAGGUUAGCGAUGCGUGGAGCCCGUCUUUCUGAUCACGCUUCAUUUCAGGGAGAGUUCACUGCUUCUGCGUUUCUCCUGGAAAACAUCGAUUUUCUUCGUCUGUUUUAUUGUUUCGUUUGAUAUUUCUGUUGUUUUUUUUAAGCCGACGUGAUUCUGGGCAGACGUGGGGACGCUUCUCUUACAGCUUAGUAGUACAAUCAAACUCUGACACACGAGGCCUAUAAAAGGUGAUCUUCACUCUGAAGUUAUUUUUCUAAACCUGAAGCUCUGUUUGGGCCUCCGGAUGAGGAUGUUCUGUGUGUGUGUGUGUGUGUGUGUGUCUGUGUGUCUGUGUGUAUGAGUGUGUGUGUGUGUCUGGCAGCUCUGAGCUGCAAACAAUGUUCUCGCUAAUGUUUGCUAAACCCUUUCUUCUUUUUUUUUUUUCCUUUUUGCUGUGAAUAUUUGGGUACCGAGGAGGUUUUCUGUUUCCGUUCUUCACUCACACCGUUCUCAUGUCAGUCUGC